ACACAAGAUAUCUCUUAUAUAAUAUCCUGCAGAAAACUCAGUUUGCUGUUUGGAACACAUAUUUCCUCAGUUCCUCAAUUUUCCUCUUAUACUAUGGGUGUGGCAGACGAACUGUGCGAAGAGCUGUUCCGUUGGAUUUAUCAGCAGAAGAAAUGUGCAGAUCAUCUCAUGGAUUUGGCCACCGAGCUGGAGAAGAUGAGGGAGGCGAUGACUACAGGCCAGUUUGUGGGAAACACAGCAACUGUGCUUGGGUCUGCCACCCUAGUUGGAACAGGCAUUGCAACAUUUCUGACUGGUGGCCUGGCUGCACCCUUGCUGGCAGUGGCAGCUGGUAUCACUGUCGGAGCGGGUACUGCAACUAGUCUUACACUUUCGCUUGUGGAGAAUUGGAAAUCCAGUAAAACUAUGGAAAAUGCAGAGAAGACUGCUGAUAAAAUCCAAAAGAUUCAGAACAAUGUUAAAAGGCUCCAGAAGAAACUCCAGAAGGAGUGUCAGAGUGAAGGCUUUAAAGCGUUAUCCUCCGAUGACGUGCAGUGUGAAAUCACCGCGAGGAUCCUGAGAGCCAUGGCCAAACGGAGUGGUAGAGAUCUGCCCCUCAGUCGCCUAAGGCACCUCUUGAGAAGUGAUGGCAUGUAUACAUAUGACAGAUAUCCAACGUUUAAUCAUGACAUUGGAUUCAUCUGCACUGUCAGUUCUUUGCUAGCAUUCCUUGGAUAUUCUGCCAUCUUUCUGAAAACAGCAGCAACAAAAGGACAAAAAUAUUAUACUCCACUUGUUGUGAAAGCUACUGAAGGAAUGGCUGAUCUUUCACUGAAAGCUGCGUUAAAGGGAACAGGCCAGGCCGCAAGGAGGAAUCUUUGGGCUGAUAUUCACAGUUCCUGA